AAAUAAGUUUCAACAUGACUGUAUGAAACAAAACUGAAAAUGGAUUGCUUAAAUUAUAUGGCAUUUAUAAAUUAUUGCAUUAUGUCCACUUGUUCCUUUGUGGACUUUAUCAAAUGCCCAAUGAGAUUACAGGGUUAUUUCCUGCUCCACGUAGAGCAUUUGAAUGAUCAGCAAGUACUGAUCGCUCCAAAUGGAAUUGUCUUGAGAUAGAUUGAAAUGGAUGAAUUUUUUUAAAGGAAUUAAUAGAUGAUGAUUUCCCUGAGUUAAUAGCUUUACAAAGAAAGGGGUUUAGAACCAUACAGGAACGCUUUCACGAAUGGGAUAAUGAUGAAUUCUUUAAUAGAUUCAGAAGGUUAAUGCAGCAAGCUUUGGAUUACAGAUGAUAAGAAAUACAAUAACUCCUCUUAUUACCAGUUAAGUGCUAUUAAUUUUUUUGUUGUCUUGAUGUUAUGUUUUCAGAAAUGAUGCUAUCUAUACCGAACUUAUGUUACACACUACACUCAGAUUCUAUGCAACAGGAUCAUGGCAGUUUGUGAUUUUAGAAAUCUGUGUGAAUCUAGAAGAAUGGCUGUUUGUGUGAAAUGUUCAAAAUUAAGUUUCCAAAGUACAUAGGUGCUAUUGAUCGCACUUGUGUUCGUUUACAAUAUCCAGGUGAUAAUGAAGUAGAACUUUUCACACAGUAAAGGAUUCUUUUCAUCAAACAUACAAACAGUUUGUGAGCAGAGAUAUUUGACCAUCAGCUUCAAAUACAAUAGAAACCAAUUUGUAAUUUCUGGUUAAAACACAAAAAAAUGGCCUUUCUUGGGAGGCUGCAUGCACCCACUCCGACAAAGGAUGAGGAUGAGCUUUACAGCGGCUACGACGAUUAUCAUCCUGCUUUCAAUACAAAAAAUAUAGAUCAGGACGAAUACUUGCAAGAUGCACUUAAAUCAUCCUACGGCAAGCGGACAAGACUGUACACAGGGUUUAAGACUCCAGGUACAGCUAUGCGACUUGGUACAUCAUCAGGGUAUCGAGAAAGCAGUCUUAGACCAGUCACUGGAAUGACUGAUCCAGUUAACCGACCAAUGACAGCUGUGAGAGGCGCCGGCUAUACUUCUCAGAGAAGUGAUAUGAUCAUCACUCCUAGACCUUCUGUAACACCUUUGACUGAAAGAGUCGAAGAAAGAAUUGAAGAUAAAAUAAGAAGAAUUGAAAAAUCAAUAACUGAACUAGUUGAUGAAUCUUGUAUCCUUGCGAGUAAAAAGGACUUUACCGGAGCACUCGAGAAGGCAAAAGAGGCGUCAGGAAAAGAAAAAAGCUUGAUAAGAGUUCAGGAACAAUCUGGCAUGGGUGACACACAUAACAUUGAUCUUACCUCUUUAGUUUUGUUCAACUUAGCUACACAAUACCAAAACAAUGAAAUGAACUCAGAAGCUAUAAAUACAUACACUGCUCUCACAUCAAACAGGAUGUUCCAAAAUUCAAACCAACUUAAAGUCAAUAUGGGCAACCUUUAUGUAAGGCUUGGCCAAAUACCCAAGGCGAUAAAGAUGUAUAGAAUGGCGCUUGAUCAAGUUCCCAAUACUUACAAAGACUUAAGGGUUAAAAUAAUGCAUAAUAUUGGGUUGUUAUUUGUCAAAAUGGGCCAGUACAAUGAAGCAUGCAGCAGCUUUGAAUAUAUAAUGCAAGAAAGGCCGAAUUUCAAAGCGGGUUUAUACACUGUAAUCUGUUAUUUUGCAAUGGGAGACAAGGAUAAAAUGAAAGAAAGCUUUUCCAAGUUGCUUGCCAUACCUCUCGACAUCGAUGAAGAACGAUAUGCUGCAAUGGAUGUUGAUCCAAGCCAAAAGCUAGUUUUUGAAGUUAUUCGGGAUGACAAUUUGAGAAGAUUGGAACGAGAGUUGAGAAACCAAGCUUACAAUAGCAUUUUAACAGCAGCAAAACUGAUUGCACCAGCCAUUGACAAUAAUUUUACAGCUGGUUACAAUUGGUGCAUGGAGGCGGUAAGAAAUUCUGCCCAUCCUAGCCUGGCGGGUGAUUUGGAGGUGAACAGAGCCCUCAUGUAUUUAAAGCAGCGUGACCUUCCUCCAGCGAUUGAAACGUUGAAAGGUUUGCAGAAAAGUACCGAGGCACGAUUAGCGACCACCGCUGCUACUAACCUCUCCUUCAUCUUUUAUCACCGGGGAGAAAUAGACGAGGCGGAGAAAUUUGCAGAGCUUGCUCGUCUUUCAGACAGUUAUAAUGCAGCGGCGUUUGUGAAUCUGGGAAAUUGUGCACUUGCGAAAGGAGAUUUUGAGAAGGCCAAAAAUUUUUAUUUAACAGCAAUUGAUAACGAUCCUACUUGCAUUGCAGCACUUUAUAAUCUUGGUUUGGUGCACAAAAGACUAGAGCAGUAUGAAGACGCUUUGGAUUAUUUUCUUAAACUUCAUGCGAUAAUGAGCAGCCACCCCCCAGUUCUCUAUCAACUCGCUCAUCUCCAUCAGCUCGUCGGAGACAUCGAUCAGGCCAUAGAAUGGUUUUUACAACUGCUCAGCAUAGUGCCAGCAGAUCCGAGUAUUUUGCAAAAGCUUGGGGAAAUUUAUGAUGAGGACAAUGAUAAGCAACAAGCAUACCAUUAUCAUUAUGAGGCUUUUCGGUAUUUGCCAUCGGAUCUCAGAGUUCUAGAUUGGCUUGGCGCUUAUUAUGUCACACAUCGAGUACCUGAGAAGGCAAUUCCUUUUUAUGAGAAGGCAGCAUUGAUGCAACCGUACGAGAGCAAAUGGCCGUUGUUAAUCGGUUCUUGUCACAGAAGAGCUGGAAACUAUCAAGCAGCCCUUAACACAUACAAAAACACUUUGACUAGGUUUCCAGAAAAUGUUGAAUGUCUAAAGUAUUUAGUCAGGCUUUGUAGCGAUCUCGGUCUGAAAGAAACGACAGAAUACGCCAUGGAGCUUAAAAGAGCAGAAAAAGCUAAAGAAAUCCGCGAGAGGAUCAGCAGCAGCAGGUCUGGUUCAAGGCGUAGUAGUGGAAGGUCUUCAAGCGGUAGGGGAGGAUUGAGCCCAGGAAACUUGGAUUCCCCUUUGCCACCGUCAAGAGGAGGGACAUCACACCAACAGCAGCAAAUGACACACCAGCAGCACAUUGAAGCGAGCUACAGUGAUCCAUUGGGACCAAUCCAAGAGAGGCCUAGAACUGGUAUGCUGCCUCCGAAGACACCAUGGGGGAAGAGCUUAGAGGAGGACUUCGCCGAUGAGGAAAUCACUCAAGACCUUCUUCCAGAAUAAUACUUUUGUAAUAAAAAAAUAUAUGACCGAUUAUUUAUUGAUUGACUGAAA